AUGCAUACUCUAAUUCAUUCCCAAGGAGGAUUCUUUUCAUCACGAAUAAAACAAUAUAUAUUUACAAUAUAUUUUAAUCAUCGUUUCGCAAUAUUAGAUGCCGAGUCAAUAAUCCUGUGGUCACAGCGGUUACACUGGCAUUUGGCUUAUAAAAUCGUUCAAUUUGAUAUGAAUGUGGGAGAAUUUUACAAGACUUUGUCAAUAGAUUACAAUAAAUUAUUAACAACGUGUGAAGAUUAUAAUGUUAUAAUAGGAGUUGGAAAUGAUAGUAAUUACAUGAAAUUUCAUGCGCACAGUUGUAUAUUAAGGGCAAGAUCUCCAUAUUUUUAUUCUGCAUUAUCAAAAGAAUGGGUAAAACGAAAUGAAGAAGGUUUUAUAUUAUUUGAAAAACCGAAUAUUGAUCCCAAAAUAUUUCAAUGCAUCUUGGAAUAUAUUUAUGGAGGAAUGAUAGACUUGAAUGAUUAUGAACCUACGUUUAUAUUAGAUUUAAUAACGGCAUCAGAUGAAUUAAUAUUAACAGAAUUAUGUAAAUUUUCACAAGAUUUCUUAAUAAAAGUUCAAGAUAAAUGGAUAAGAGAAAAUCCGGUUGAAAUAUUAACUCAUUCAACGGCAUUUCAUUUGGAGAGUUGUAAGGAAUUAAUCGAUUAUUGUUUAGAAAUUAUUUGCGAUAAUCCUUCUUUGAUAUUCGAAAUCCAGAAUUAUGAUGAUUCGAAAUGGGUUGAAGAAGAUUUGUUUGAAUUAGAAAUCAUAUUAAAAAAUUGUGUUCCUUUAAUUAGGAUUGAUUUAAUUUCUUGUAAGGAGUUACCAAUUGAAUUGAAACCUUUUCAACGAAUGCUAACUAAGAAUAAUUCUUUUAUUGACGAUAAUUCAAAUUCCACCAUCAUUAAAUGGAGACACGCUGCAAUAUUAUCUAAAUGGAUAGAUCGACAAGAAACUUUAUAUCGUAAAUCUUCACAUACCUUUCCCGUAUUGAGUAGAAUACGUAAAGACCAUCAUGGUAUGGCAUUAUUUUGCGCUGACGUGCGUGGUCCUUCUUUUGGUUGCCAUGAUUUAUGGAUGCCCAAUUUUAAUAAUUUAUCUUUAAGAUGUGCGAGCAAAAGGUCUUAUUAUGAAAAGACAAUUAUUGAUACAAGAAAAUUUGAUGUUGAGGAAUAUGAAGUUUUCCAAGUCAUUGAUAACAAGGUUAAUUAA